UUUUGCCAGUGAUUUCCGGUUGAAGUUCGCGAAGAGAUGCCCCGCCGGAGGAAGAUUGGUUGUUCUCGACGAGAAGAACCGGCGUGACCUUGUCUUGCCGGGUGGAGGUGUCACCAUCCCAGAUGUUUCCGAGAGCAUCCGCUGUGAUAAGGGGGACCACAUGCGGUUUAAGUCUGAUGUUCUCGAAUUUAAUCAGAUGUCAGAAUUGCUUAAUCAGAAAUCAUCUGUACAGGCAAAAGUCCCAUCUGGCUAUCUAAAUGCCAUAUUUGACUUGAGUGGAUCUUGGCUGAAUGAUGCUGCAGAUACCAAAUACCUUGCCUUUGAUGGUUAUUUUGUGUCACUAUAUUAUUUGCACUUGACCACAUCUCCACUACUUCUUCAAAAUCAAGUGAAAAACGAUGUCCCGCCACAUUGGGAUCCGUCAUUGUUAUCUAGAUUUAUCCAGAUUUACGGGACACAUAUCAUUGUGGGGAUGGGUGUUGGAGGACAUGAUUUACUGUGUGUUAAACAGAGACCAUCUUCAGCUAUCCCCCCUGCUGAACUCAAAGGAUAUUUAGACGACCUUGGUGAUUACCUGUUCUCUGAUGGAACUAGCCCUCUUCCAGAGAGAGAUAGAAGAGAUGGUAAAAAAAUGGUACCUGAGGUAUUUAGCCGCAUGUUGCAAUCACAUACAAUGCAAUUCACUAGCAUCACUGAAACAUCAAGCAAGGAUGGUCUCACUGUCAUAUGGUCCAAACGAGGAGGUGAUCUGUUUGCUCAAAGCCAUUUGAAAUGGCUCCAGACCCUUGUUGCUAACUCAGAAGGAAUUUUCUUCAAACUCGUUCCAAUUACUUCUCUGCUUGCUGGAAUUCCUGGGAGUGGCUACCUCAGUCAUGCUAUAAACUUGUACCUUCGUUACAAACCUGCCCUUGAGGAUUUACAGUAUUUUCUUGAGUUCCAAAUUCCUAGACAGUGGGCACCUUUGUUUUCUGAGCUGCCACUAGGGCAUCAUCAAAGAAGAAAGGUCUCCUGCCCUUCAUUGCAGUUUAGUCUCUUCGGGCCAAAGAUUGAAGUAAACUCUACCCAGGUUUCAAGCUGUAAAAAACCAGUUAUUGGUAUGCGCCUAUUUUUGGAAGGGAAUAAGUGUAACCGAGUAGCAGUACAUGUGCAACAUCUUUCGAGUCUACCAAAUAUCUUAACACCUAACCCAACCUCUACAACCAAGCCAUGCCAAUGGCGAGGCUCCGAUGACUACGAAUCAAGCAAUCAAUUCUUAGAGGCAGUGAGAUGGAAAAGUUAUGCAAAGGUGUGUUCAUCCGUAGUCAAGCAUGAUCCCAGCUGGAUACAGGCUGUUGACUCCAGCGGUGUCUUUGUGGUGACUGGGGCCCAGCUCAUCAGCACGGGAAAAUGGCCAAAGAGACAUCUCCAUCUCCGUCUACUUUACACACACCUACCCAACUGCACUAUUCGCAAAACAGAGUGGGCUGCUGCACCAGAAUCUUCUUGCAAAUCGAGCUUCCUAACGAAUCUGAGCACUACAUUCACACUCACCCAACGAACAAUCACAGAUGCACCACCUAAGCAUCCUGCCACUACUAUAAAUUCAGGUGUGUAUCCCGAUGGACCCCCGGUGCCUGUUUGUUCAACAAAGCUUCUUAAAUAUGUCGAUACAACUGAGGUUGUACGUGGACCAAAUGAUGCUCCAGGACAUUGGUUGGUGACUGCUGCUAAGUUGGUCAUUGAAGGUGGAAAGAUUGGUUUGCAUGCAAAGUUUGCAUUAUUAGAUUAUCACUAACAAGUCUCUUAGGACACUAAAAAUGUACAUUAAAGGGAGACAUUCCCACGUGACACAUAAUUAUUGGGUGAUGGUCGAUCACAUAUCUAAUGUUUCCUCACCCGAUGAAUGUGUGUCAUAUAAGAAUGUCUCUUGUAACCCGCAUUAUGUAUAUUUUGAAUUUCCUCCUAGACUUGGUAGAUUAUUUAUCGGAAUGAUAGACAGGAUAUACUACUAUAUAUGUACAUUGGAAAGACAGUUGAGCCUGAUCUUUGUGUUCGUUUUCAAGCAAUCGGCUUCAUGCAUUUGCCGCGGAACACACAUCAUAGUCAGUGAGUGAGUGACUACACAAAAAAGAAAAUGUAUUAUAGUUUUGUACAGAAGUGACCGCGGAAUUGGUGUGAAUUCAGUUUGAACUUCAUAGCAGAUUAUUUGAUCAUUUUAAAACCUUGUGUACAUUUUAUCAGAAGAUAUAUUAAUGAAAAGCCUCUAUCUUCUGAUGCAGUUACCUACAUGUAUUACUCCG